AUGUCUGCAGCACGUGGUGAUGAGGAGGAGGAAGAAGAAGAGAAAGUGCUGUUGGCAAAGAGCAAGGGGAAGCAACACAUGGUUGCUGCUGUUAAUGCUGAGGAGGAGGAGGAGGAGGAGGAGGAGGAGGAUGAGGGUAGUGGGGUUGAGCAGUUGUCUGGUCCCUCAAUGAUGACCCCUCGUCUGUCUCACAAGGUGGCGGCCCCUUCAGCAGAAUCAUCCAGGGGACCUCAGUAUUUGGCGGUGGUGUUGAGGAAGGAGAUCAAGGCCUUGGAGGAAGAGUUGGCAAUGGAGAAGGCACACUCCAGCUGUAUCGAAGAGUGGCGAAAUUAUUACAAGCUCAAGUUCCUGGUGGUGGAGGCAGAGGACAUCCAAAUGUAG